AUGUCCGGUGGCCCGGUUGGCCCGGUUGUCCCGGUCCGGAUGAUUGCUGCCAUGGCUCGCAACGGAGUCAUGGGAAAGGAUGGGAAGUUGCCGUGGUCGAUUCCGGAGGACUUGGUCUGGGCAAAGGUUGACUGGAAGCACUUUGUUGAAUCUGUGAAGGGCGGCAUUUGCAUUUCUGGACGCAGAUGCUACGAGGAGCUGGGGCAGGCCAUGCCCGGUUCAAGCAUGCAUAUUGUGCUGUCCAAUCAGAAGGACUUGGUCUAUCCCGAUGCUGUGGUGAAACACUCCUUAACCGAUGCGAUGCAGGUUGCCAAAGAGAAACGUGAUGCCGGGAGCAUUUGGAUUUUGGGAGGCACAGAGGUGUACCGGGAGUCCUUUCCCAUGGCAGAUGAGUUUUGGGCCACACAUGUUCAUGCAGACGUGGACGGCAACGUGUACUUUCCGGAUGGCUGGCAGGAGCAUUUUCCAGUGGAGGUAAGUCGUCGCAGCAGAAGCGAUGACAAGUUCUCCUACGACUUCGUAGUUUAUCGUCGAACUGUAGGCCGUGUGCCGCCGACAAUUUUGCCAAAAGCCACGUUUGCAGCCUGGGCCCGGUUCGAGGUGAAUGUUGGCACCACUGCACCCUUUGUUCCCAAAAAACUCAUGGCAAGUGCAUGGCAGUUCGAAGACUUUGCUGACAUCCUCGAUGCCGUGCUGCCGCCACGUGUGGCCAAGGUCUUGGUGCUCCUUUGGCCCCUGGCGGGGCGACCGUGGCGACCACGGGAGCGGCGCUUGAGCGACAACAGCAGCAACGACACCGUGUGUGUCACCACUGCGACGGAAUACGUUGCGUUGCCGAGUCGACAGGCCAUCGAGUUUGAUGCGAUCGCCAUCCUCAGUGGGAUGGGUGCAGGUGUUGUGUCGAUGCUGGCAGUCUUUGGUGUACAUAAGAUGCUUCUCUGCCUUCGAGCUCGAGGAGAUGGUGAUGUGUUCCGCGGAAUUCAAGCGCUGAGGGGCAAGAAAGUUCCGUCGAAGCAGACGAUCCGUGAAACCAAGAGCCCUGCCGGUUGA